AUGGGUAAAAAAGACAAGAAACAGGAGAUAAAUGACCUCAAGCAGGAGGUCAAAAUGGACGAGCACACUGUGCCGAUGGAGGAGCUCGUGACCAGACUGGGGACCAAUCUCGAAACGGUAAGAAUCAGUGUGACAUCAAGAAUAGAAUCAUGUCUAAAAAUAGAAAACAUAUGUAUUCCGGGAUUGACCCGCCAGAAGGCCCAGGAGAUCCUUCUCAAGAACGGACCAAAUGCUUUGUCACCCCCUGAAACUACCCCAGAAUGGAUCAAGUUCUGCAAGAAUUUGUUCGGUGGAUUCGCUAUGCUUUUGUGGGUCGGAGCAAUCCUUUGUUACAUUGCCUACUCCGUCGAUUACUUCACUAUGGAGUACCCAUCGAAGGAUAACUUGUACUUGGGAAUCGUACUCAUGACAGUCGUCGUUAUCACCGGAGUCUUCCAAUACUACCAAGAAAGCAAGUCUUCCAAGAUUAUGGACUCUUUCAAGAACAUGGUUCCAACUUUUGCUCUCGUUCAUCGUGAUGGUCAGAAGCAGCAAGUUCGCACCGAAGAUCUUGUUGUGGGAGACAUCGUUGAAGUCAAGGGAGGAGAUCGUGUUCCAGCUGAUAUCCGUGUCAUCUCUGCUUUCGGAUUCAAGGUCGAUAACUCUUCCCUCACCGGAGAGUCUGAGCCCCAGUCCCGCUCCCCAGAUUGCACCAACGAGAAUCCACUUGAGACCCGUAACAUCGCUUUCUUCUCUACCAACGCUGUCGAAGGAACCGCCAAGGGAAUUGUCAUCUACACCGGAGACAACACCGUCAUGGGAAGAAUUGCCCAUUUGGCUUCUGGACUCGACACCGGAAUGACCCCAAUUGCUCGCGAAAUCGAGCAUUUCAUCCAUCUUAUCACUGGUGUCGCCGUUUUCCUUGGAAUUUCUUUCUUCAUCAUUGCCUUCAUCCUUGGAUACCAUUGGCUCACUGCUGUCGUUUUCCUUAUCGGUAUCAUUGUCGCCAAUGUUCCAGAAGGAUUGAUCGCUACCGUCACCGUGUGCCUCACUCUUACCGCCAAGAGAAUGGCCAGCAAGAACUGUCUUGUUAAGAACCUCGAAGCCGUCGAAACUCUUGGAUCCACUUCCACCAUCUGUUCCGAUAAAACCGGAACUCUCACUCAAAACAGAAUGACCGUUGCCCAUAUGUGGUACGAUCAGACUAUUCAUGAGUGCGAUACCACCGAGACCCAGACCAGCCAAGAAAAGAGAACCGGAGCUAGCUUUGAGGUCAGUGAAUCGACAAGAUUUUUUCAUCAGGCUGUUGCAACAAAAUUAAAAUUUCAGGCCCUCGUCCGCAUCGCUUCCCUCUGUAACCGUGCUGAGUUCAAGGCAGGACAACAAGACACCCCAGUCCUUCGUCGUGAUUGCACUGGAGAUGCUUCUGAGAUCGCUCUUCUCAAGUUCACCGAGCUCACUCAAGGAAAUGUUAUUGCUGUUCGUGAGAAGAAUCCAAAGAUUGCUGAGAUUCCAUUCAACUCCACCAAUAAAUACCAAGUUUCUGUCCAUGACAAUGGAGAUCACUACUUGCUUGUGAUGAAGGGAGCCCCAGAAAGAAUCUUGGACGUUUGCUCCACUAUCUUCUUGAACGGAAAGGAAGUUGAGCUUACCGACAAACUUCGUGACGACUUCAACACUGCUUACCUCGAGUUGGGAGGAAUGGGAGAACGUGUCCUCGGAUUCUGUGAUUUCAUUCUGCCAGCCGACAAGUUCCCGAAAGGAUUCAAAUUCGACGUUGAGGAGGUCAACUUCCCAUUGAAGAACUUGAGAUUCGUUGGACUUAUGUCCAUGAUUGAUCCACCACGUGCUGCUGUCCCAGAUGCUGUGGCCAAGUGCCGCUCCGCUGGAAUCAAAGUCGUCAUGGUCACUGGAGAUCACCCAAUUACCGCCAAGGCCAUUGCCAAGUCCGUCGGAAUCAUCUCCGAGGGAACCGAGACCGUUGAGGAUAUUGCCAUUCGUCGUAACAUCCCAGUUGAGGAGGUUGACCCACGUGAAGCUAAGGCUGCCGUUAUUCACGGAUCUGAUCUUCGUGAAAUGAGCGAGGACCAACUUGCCGAGAUCAUCAAGUACCACUCGGAAAUCGUAUUUGCCCGUACCUCUCCACAACAAAAGUUGAUGAUCGUCGAAGGAUUCCAAAAGCAAGGACAAAUUGUGGCUGUCACCGGAGACGGAGUGAACGAUUCUCCAGCUUUGAAGAAAGCCGAUAUCGGAGUUGCUAUGGGAAUUGCUGGAUCUGAUGUGUCGAAACAAGCCGCUGACAUGAUUUUGCUCGAUGACAACUUCGCUUCCAUCGUCGUCGGAGUCGAGGAAGGACGUUUGAUUUUUGAUAACUUGAAGAAAUCUAUCGCCUACACUCUCACCUCUAACAUCCCAGAAAUCUCUCCAUUCUUGACCUACAUCUUGUUCGGUAUCCCACUCCCACUCGGAACUGUCACCAUUCUCUGUAUCGAUCUCGGAACUGACAUGGUCCCAGCCAUCUCCCUCGCCUACGAAGAAGCCGAAUCCGACAUCAUGAAGCGUCAACCACGUGACCCAAUCCGCGACAAGCUUGUCAACGAACGUCUCAUCUCUCUCGCAUAUGGACAAAUUGGUAUGAUCCAGGCCUCUGCUGGAUUCUUCACCUACUUCUGGAUCAUGGCUGACAACGGAUUCAUGCCAUGGGAUCUCUACCAGCUCCGUGCUCAAUGGGAUUCUCGUGCCUACAACAACGUUCUUGACUCCUACGGACAAGAAUGGACUUAUGCCAACAGAAAGAUCCUCGAGUACACCUGCCAAACCGCCUAUUUCGUUUCUAUCGUCGUUGUCCAAUGGGCCGAUUUGAUCAUCUCCAAGACCAGACGUAACUCUCUUGUCCAACAAGGAAUGUCUAACUGGACCUUGAACUUCGGACUUGUAUUCGAAACCGCUCUUGCCUGGUUCAUGUGCUACUGCCCAGGACUUGACAAUGGACUUCGUAUGUAUGGAUUGAGGAAACACUCUUUAUUGAAUGAUCAUCUUGUAGAAUUUCUCAUUUUAUCUUAUACUUUAUCUUUUUAUUGUUUUUCCCUUUCUUUUCUCAUUCCGACUUAA